UACGCGGAGAGCAUGAGGGGCACGGCGGCUGCAGACCUCGAGCCUUUCGGCUUUGCCACUAAGGAUUUGGUACGAGGCAUCGAAGAAGCGGUCCAUCUCCGAUCUCUUCGAGGUGGCGCUCUCCGUGGACGCGACCGACUGCAGCAACACGGUGGAGGAGGACGAGGAGGAGGCCCGUUGCACCAUCAUGAGAUGGAUGAAGCGGAUGAGGAGGUUGGAACCAGAUGUAGCGGCGACGACAGAGGAGGGAGACGAUGGGAGGAGAAGAGCAUGAGCUGGAGGCGAAUUUCGCUACAAAGGGCGUACGCGGAGAGCUUGCGGGGCACGGCGGCGGCGGACCUCGGGCCGUUCGGCUUCGCCGCCAAGGAUCUGCCCCCGAUGGAGGUGCGGGUCUUCCGGUGGUGGGAGGACGAGCUGGCCGCCGUCAAGGCGGCGGAGGCGGACGAGGACGAGGACGAGGACGAGGAGGCGGCGCCGGGGAAGGGGAGGGCGCCGAAGAAGCGGUCCAUCUCCGACCUCUUCGCGGCGGCGACCCCCGUGGACGCGUCCGACAGCGGCAACGCGGCGGAGGAGGACGAGGAGGAAGCCCUGUACGCCAUCAUGAGGCGGAUGAAGCGGAAGCGGAGGUCGCAAGCGGCGGCGGCGGCGGCGGAGGAGGAGGAGACGACGGGAGCAGAACAGCACGAGGCGGAGGUGACUUUCGCCAGAAAGAAAGCAUUUGGCAAGACAACUUUACGACUUGAUACUCCUGAGGCAUCAAAUGAACCUGAAGAUGAACAUCCUCUCAGUACAGAGAAGGAAAAGACCCCAGAUCUUAAGGGAAGGAAGCCUGGAAAAACCAAUAGUUUACAGAAGAAGAAGGCUGAUAGGCUAAAGUAUAUUGAGAGUAGAAAGGCUAUUAAGGUGGGGAAGCAACGAGACACUAAAAAAGAGCUCCCUUUGCACAGCAUUCUGAAGAAGUACACAAAGCACACAUCUGUCAAAAUGGUUAAGGAAAAACAUUGCAGUUCAAAAGGCACUGGAGUCAUCGAACUCUGCCACAAAUCGGUAAAGUGUGUCAAAUUUUCGGAAGUGAAUGAUGCACUGGGCAAUAAGAAGCAAAGUUCCAAGAUACCCCAACUGAAAAGUCUCUGCAAGAUGAUCUCUGAUGCUAUGACUUCCUCAUCAUCAUCCACAGACAUGUCCAGUGAAGGGGACAGACACAUUGUUGCAGAAAGUAGUUGUUCUCACAAGCCUGAGAAAGUCUUCACUAAUACUAAGGAAGUAGAUGAGAAUAUAAAUCAUGAGAAUUACUGUGAGCUCAGCAACACCGGGUUGUCCACUGGUUUGUUUGAUCUGAAUCAGGAGGCUCUCCCAGAAUCUACCGAUUUAAACGCCCCGUACGUUCCAAAUUCAGAGGUGUCAUAUCUUGAGCAUACACAGGACGGAACUUUCAGUACGGAUCAACAAGUUCUUGAUAAUGGAAGAGAAAACCAUAAAGACUUAUCUUUUGAUCCACACAGACAGGAACACCAGCUGCAUGCGACUGACUUGGACACCAGAAUAAAAGGCAAGUUGCCUUUUGCAAUGCCAAACCGUACUGUUCAGGAUUCAGUGCUGCAACAAAAUUGGUUCUCCAUGACUCUGCAUCAGGGUGUCUCUCAGCUUUCCACUGGAGGUAAAACUCCUUCCUGUCAAUGUCAAGAAUGUAAUCAGCCACAUAGUGAGAAGACAAAUUUUCAUUCAGAAAUGAACGUGCAGCAAGAGUCGAGGCCUGCUUUAGAACAAACCGUGCGCUUGAUGGGUAAAGAUCUUACAGUAUCCAAAACCAGAGUUGACUAUUUUGCUGAGACAGCACAGAAACACAGAGGUUCUUCUACUAAAGACAAUCUGACCACAAGCUUGGUCUUGGAAUUGCCGCGACAGGGCCAGCCUUUCCUAUCAUUGCAAGCUCAGAGUAUCCCCAUUGUUUCAGCAAAUUCUGCAACUGCAACUCAUGUUUCAGCAAAUUCUGCAAGCACAGGCACAACUCAGGCACAUUUUGGAUACAGAAGCCCACAUAAUUUCAGCCACCCUUUGCCCACUGCCAAUGUGUUCUCUGGUGAGCCAUCACCAUAUGAAGACAGGUUCAGGGACUUUACAAACUCGCAGUCUCAUCGAAAUGUUGUGCUGGGGCGUCCACCUCUUCCCAAUCAUGCCAGUAGUGCAGAAUUCCUUCAGAAUUCCCCGACUCCUUGGCGUUAUUACUCUGAUCAUUCCACUAGGACAGAAUCACCAUCAACAUCAUUUUUUACUACGAUCACGCGACAUCUGACACCAUAUUCAGAUUACCGUGCCAAUUUGCCUCAGCCAUAUGGUGUGAAUUCUGCAAGCUCAUCAAUUCACCCUCAUAACUCUGCGAGUUGUACAUGGAGUCACCCAGACCGGAUAAUUCAAGGAAUUUCUGACAGUAGAGCUUCUGCAGCCCUUCCAUCCAGAAAUGAAGACACUGGAACGACAAGAGCUGUUCCUGAAAACUCUGGUACUUCAUCUAGCAGCCGUUAUGUGGUGAGAUCGGGCCCAGUAAAGCUCAGUGCUGGGGCAAAGCAUAUCCUAAUGCCAAGUGAGAACACAGAAGAUGACAAUUCUGCACCAGUGUAUUCUUAUGUGUCCUUCGGUAGCAGUAAUGGAAAUGUUUCAGCGCCUCAGAAGAAAGGAGCAGAUUUCCGUAAGUUCUAGUUCAAAAGCUGGACUAGUUUGCGCAUCUGUUUUCUGAGCAGCUGCUGAUAGGUUGAAGGUGUUGAAGAUGAUGGCAAAUGUAAUCGAUGCUGGUGAUGCAGAAGAUACAAUAUACAAUCUGGAUGAUAUCAAGACAUGAGAUCAUCUGAAGGAGGGUGUAUGGUUUUGUGGCCUGGAAGACUUUUCGAUCCCUUUAGUUUGUUCUAAAAAAGAGAGAUCCCUUUAGUUCUGUAGUCUUAGUCCUUUCGUUAAGAGAAAUGGCAAGUGCACUCAGGUGUGAAGCAUGCGAACUUCUAGAGCAUACCUGGAGUGUUUAUCUAGCAAUCGGUAACAGAAUAGAAUCUCAAUGCGACUAAAAAGGUUGUGAGUGGUACAAUCGGCGCGCCAUCUGGAUUUCAUGGCUUAAAGGGAAGUGUUACAUAA